UGAACAAUAUCAAAUAAUUUUACCAUCAUAUAUCGAUAAUAAUCGAAUGAUGAUAAAAGUAUUCGAUAAUGCACUGAAUCUCAAAAUAUCGCAGAACAAAAACAUAUCAAUGUCAUCUCAAUCAGAGUUAAGUUCGAAUGAACUUAAUUUAAUGGAAAUGGAACUCCCUUCGACGGUAUAA